AUGACUUUCAUUGACCCCGAAAUCCGGGCUUCGUCCCCUCCAAGCCCAGAGCCGUUUGAGAAGCCGGCAGCUGCAUCCCUGCCAGAGGAGCUGCCCGGCACAGUCUUCCUCAUCUCUGCUGCUGGCAAAGUCCUCAAGCUUCCCAUCCCCUCCGAGUCAACCCGUGAUCCUCUCAACUGGACCCCGGCCCGACGCAUCGUGGCCUUUAGCGCCCUGAUGUUCUACACCGCUGUGUGUUUCUUUGAGAAUAAGCUGCCGGCAGCGCUCAUGGGAGCCUUCCAUCAUGAGUUUGAUCCAGAGGACGGCGGCCACCGGAACGUUGAGUCUCUCAACACACUCGUGGUCAUCGCAAACGGCUUCGGGUACCUUGUUUCUAUUCCCCUCUCUGCGGCUGUCGGCCGUCGACCAAUUCUUCUUGCUACCUGUCUCCUCACUUGUAUCUCGACCAUAUCUGCUGGUCUUACCGAAACUUACAUCGGUCUGGCCAUCUCGAUCUUCUUCCAAGGUCUUGCUGUUGGACAGAACUUUGGUAUUGGCGUAUUGUAUAUUUUGGACGCUACAUUUGUCAACGAACGACCCUAUGCCAUGGCUCUCUACUGGUCAAUCACUACCGGCUUGAUCAGCAUGCUUCUUAUUCCUUUGCCAUACAUCACUGACACAGCCGUCAACUGGAAGCCAGUCUACAGGGUGUGGAUUAUUCCCUGCGUCGUAUCUUUACUUGUCAUUUACUUCUUCAUCCCGGAAAGCUUUUUUCUUCGCCCCGCUGUUGCCAUGGAUGGUCGCAUCCUCACACAGAGCUCCUCAGAAACCGUCCGCAUCUACGACAACUGGGAGGAUCUUGAUGCAGAGGGCAGAGACCCCCACAGAGAGUUGGCCGACGAACCAAAGUCUUCGCUUCGUCGACAGUGCCUCAAGGUUACCAGAGCUAUCGGCACGGAGUGGAAAGCCGCCGGCGCCAUCUACAUGCAAAUGCUUCUUUGCUUCUGCAACCCGCUUGUCCUCUGGGUCAGUGUGUUAGGCGCUGCCGUUCUCUGCAAUGUGGUCUUCCUCAACCUCACCCAGGUUGUCUUCCUCUCCAAGACUCUCGAGGGCGAUGAUUUGCGACUCAUGAACACUUUCUUCGGCAUUAGCGGUGGCAUCUCGUCCGUGUUUGCCUACUUUGCCUCCGGCCCUCUCAUUGCUCGCUGCACGCGCCUCUUCACAGCUCGCUCGGGCGGUACACGCCAGGCCGAAGUCUACCUCAUCGGCUUCAUGAUCCCCGUCGUCGCCGGCGCCACGAGCAUCGGUCUCCACGCGGCUGCUAUCACCAACGAGUGGCCCCCCGCGGCGCACUAUAUCAACUUUGGCCUCGCCAACUUCAGCUUCAUCUGCGGCUUUGUCGCCACCAUUAUCUGGAUCACGGAGGCUUUCCCUCCCUGGGCUUCUGCCUCUCUUUCUACUGAGCUCUUUACCCUCACCGUUUUGGCUUCCGUCCUCGCUCUUAACCUUGGCGAGUGGGCCAAGAGCGGCAACAUCCUCGGCCCCUGCGCCGUCCUCGUUGCCCUUCUCGUCCUCAUGGGCGUUCUCGCCGUGCCUUUGGCCUUCUGGGGCAAAAAUGUUCGUCAGUACAUUCACGGCAAGUGGAGCCAGAACGAGAAGGGCGCGAUCCGCCCGCAGUAA